AUGUGCCAUAUUAAAAAAAUAUUUUUACCUUCUAAGAUUAUAACAUGGGAGCCAGCAACAGCUAAUCAUCCUAUUGAAGGAAAGUUAAGGACUCGGCAGACGUCUGGUCCAAAGUCUGGCACUUUGCUGAGAGCGAUUGUGUACAAUGUGACCUACGAGGCUAAGACGCAAGAUGGUUUUGUUUCCUUCUGCCGAGCAUCAUUUGAUGUGGUACUCAUUUCUCAGUUGCAAUGUGUUAAACCAGACCAAAGCUAUACCUGUCCGGAUGGGUACAACGUUGGCGAUAUGUGUUCUUUAAACUGCAAGGAUGGUCUGGUCCCUACAAAGUUUCUAACCAUCAUCUGCCUACCAAUUUUACAGUGGUCUAGUAAUACUUUGUGUGAAGACAAAGAGAAGCCAGUGUUCCUGGACUGCCCCACUAGAGCGCUGAGAAUAGAAGAGAGAAAAAACAUGACAGGCCGCACCCUGCGAGUUGUAGAUAACGUCGACACAGACUUGAGCGUCAGGCUGGGACCCCCAGACAAGUCCUGGUACACACGCCCGAGGGUGGAGGAGAUCAUUACAGCCACAGAUCGAAAUGAAAACUCGGCUGUUUGCGUCAUCACCAUUGAUGUUAAAGAAACACUUUGCGGUGACCGUGAGGAAGCCUUAAGAAAAUUAAAUAUUUCUGAUAUUGUCAUGCUUGACGGGGAGUUAGCUGUGUGCAGAAUCCCUGGAUUAGAAAAAAAGAAGAUGCCAAUGAAAUGUAUAACAGAUAAGGUGCUUAACAUAUCCUCGUGGGAAGAUGAAAAGUUGACUUUGCUUUGCCAAGACUUAGAUUGCCGACCGAAAACACCAAUAAAGAAUUCCUGGAUUAAGUAUUAUGAACAUAUUGAUGGAUAUUUUCUCGAUUGUGAUGAAGGUUUUUAUAAACCCAAAUUGGAUUCUGACUAUGAAUGCAGCACAAGGACUUCUAAAAGAUGGAGGCCUACAAUACCUACUAAUUCUACAUGCACUGCAGGAAAAGUGAUGAACGACUUUAUGUUCGCCGUGUGGCUUGUCUAUGGCAGUAACGCCUGCAUUGAAGUCAACAAAACGACGAUGGAAAAAAUGUCAAAAACAAUAAUUGACCUGAAUCUUAUGGAUGAUGUUCUAAAACUCUUCCCUCAAAGUUUUAUUGGUGUCACCAAUGUCAGGUGUUUGCCCCCUGAUUCAUACUACUAUCUUGGAGUUGAUAGAAGAAGAAGGGCAACAGUAUUGAAAAGAGCCCCAUCUAAAAGAAUAUCACAUGGUUUUGAUAGAGUCUCGUACAAUAACAGAACAAAAAGAUUUAAAAGGCUUCGGCAUAAUAAAAUGGCAACCAGUCAGAAAGAAAUUCUCGUCGGCCCUAAAAGAGCAUAUAAAUACCAGAUAGAGGUGACGAUUACUUUUAAGAUUGAUGUAACUCCCGAUAAACACGUUCCCAUUAUGGAUGACAUUGACGAUCUAAUGUUCUUUUUUGAAACCUCUUCAAAUGACAAAAGCUUUAUACUCAAGAAUAGUUCUCAGAUCUUGGACGCUAAAUAUUUGGGGAGCGCGGCAAGCUAUGUUAUCAAACCGUGUGAGGUGCCUUUGGUAUACGCUAUGCAAUACAAUUUUUAUCUGGCCUGCAUUGGUUGCGGAAUAGGAGCAGUAUUUACCAACGAUUCCAGGGAGUGCGCUGUCUGCCCUCUCGGUACCUACCAGCCCCUUACCGAGGGGGCGGAGUGCCUCCCAUGCCCACCUGACUGGAACACAAACAACAGUGGAGCUGGAUCUCUUGAAGAGUGCUAUGCAAACUGCGGCAGAGGCUACUAUAAAACACAUCGUUCACACAGCUGUAGACCAUGUCCCCUAGGCACCUACCAGCCUCUGGAGGACGGCAGGGAAUGCUUGCCAUGCCCUGCCGUCUGGACGUCAGAAUCUCCUACUGAAUGUAGUGGUAAGCUUUUGUGCAAAAGAAAUUACUAUUCUAACACUGGCCACGAACCUUGUAUAAAAUGUGGAUUAGAUCAGAUAACUCUUGCUAUUGGAAGGAAAUAUUGCGACGCUACUAUUAAGUGCUCGUUUGGAAUGGCGAACCAGAUCACGGAAACUAAAAAUCAUUGUGAAUUCUACGACGUCAUCUUGAACAAGGACUUCAUCUUUUAUGCUUUUCUCGGCCGGAGUAAUAAUAGUAUUCAAGCUUGGUUCAACUUUCCCCACAAUUUGUACAACAGUCAAGUCGUGUUUAGCUUAGGACAAGAACCAGGCGCGGCAUAUUUUGGCUGCGAUGAUUUCACCCUGUCUAUAUAUUCAGCACCCGCUGACAGAGUCAAAAUAAAAAAAUUAGGGACCUGGAACAUCAGAACCUUACAUGAAAGCAGCAGAUCAGCCCAGGUCGCCAAAGAAAUGAGAAAGUAUGAAUUAGAAGUCCUAGGAUUAAGUGAGACACGAUGGAAUGGCAGUGGCCAAACUAGGUUGAUCUCGCGAGAGACUGUCACCUACUCAGGCCACGAGGACAAAGAUCAUGAACACACACAGGAUGAAGUAAAUCGAAUGGUCAGGAAAAGUGCAAAAAAAGACAAAAGACAGUACAUACAAGAGAUGACAGAAGAUACAGAAACUGCAGCAGGACAAGGAAACAUGAAGAGGCUCUAUGAAGUAACCAGAACUCUAUCAGGCAAAAAUAUUAAUCCCAACAAACCAGUGAAAGAUAAAGUAGGAAAUAUCCAAACCAGUGACGCAGAACAGAGAAACAGAUGGGCACAGCACUUUGAGGAGCUUUUAAACCAUCUUCUCUCAGCAAACAUCCCUAAUAUACCACCUGCAAAUCACCCACUAAAUGUGUGUACAGAUCCACCCACACAGUCAGAUACAAUAAGAGCAAUAAAGAACAUACAAAUGGCAAAGCAGCUUGCCCGGACAGCAUCUCCAGCCAUAUCAGCAGACAUAUUACAUACUCUACUUAAGCAGAUUUGGGAAGAUAAGAUAAUUCAAUCUGACUGGAAACUGGGCUACCUGAUAAAACUGCCAAUGAAGGGAGACCUGACACAAUGCAACAACUGGAAAGGGAUAAUGCUUCUUUCUGCCCCAAGUAAGGUGCUGACAAGGAUCAUCAUAGAGAGACUUAGAGAUGCCUUGGACAAAAAGCUGAGACAAGAACAAGCAUGUUUUCUUCAAGACAGGUCAUGUAUGGACCUCAUUGCCACGCGGCUUAUCAUUAUUGAACAGUCCUUCGAGUGGCAAUCCUUCCUAUACAUGACUUUUGUCGACUUCGAAAAGGCUUUUGACAGUGUGAAUAGAGAUGUUAUCUGGAAGCUAAUGAGCCACUAUGGAAUAUUUGAAAAAUGUAUAACUAUCACACAGAAACUAUAUGAAGACUCCCCCAGUCAGGUUGAAUCACUGCAGCUGCCAAAGGGAACCCUCAAAAUUAAAAAUCACUUCAACUGUGAGUCCCGCAACGUAGUUUACGUCAUCCAGUGCAGACGUUGCAACAUCUUUUAUAUCGGACAAACGGGGAAAAGAUUGUUUGACAGGGUUAGCCAACACCUGCGAUCAAUCAACAAUGAAGACGGUCUUCCUGUGGCCAAACACUUCAACAAGAGUGGGCAUGACUUAAAAAAGGACUUUUGUAUAUUUCUGUUUGUCGUGUAA